CCACCCAAAUCGCCGCUGCGUGGAUUCCAUCACCUGGACAAACCGCCAUGUUUUCUUGCUCUUUCUACUAUGUAUCAUCCAUGUGAUCAGCUGCUUUCAUUCAUAUCCAUGUCAUCCUCGGCUUUUCGCGGUUCCAUGUGGUGAUGUCUUUUCUGGGUUCUUGAUGUUUGGAGGGUGGUCAGUCGUUUUCCACUAACCUGUGUAAUAGUUGGUGAAACAAUGGUACAUGGGUGUUGUUGAAGAAAUUUGCUGGCACCCCAUGUGUUUGAUGAAAAGCUUCAAUGACCCGAAGUGCACACUCGUCCCGUGGGGUCGACAUUUUAUGUUCCGUUGCAUAUUUCAUUGUCGAGUGAAUUGGCUCAUUUGUACACCCAUGUCCCCGUUUGUUCUGGCUCUUGUCGUUUAGGCUGGUUUUGCGAUGCUUGUUAAGGUUUAUCAUGAAAUCGCAAUGUGCCUGCCAAUGGAACUCAUUAGACUUAUUUGACCCUGGUCAUGUUGUAGCGAUGCGCAUCAGAUUUGACCUGCAUUCUGGAGAGGUUGUGGAUCUGAUGGAUAGGAACCCUCUGGUUCACAAGGCAAAAUGCCAGCACUUGAAUGAUGCUCGAGAUGUUAACCGCUGCAAGCAACUAUGUGAUCUACCCCAUGCAAUUCUUUUGCGCAUCCUGGCUUUUCUACCAACAGAAGAUGCUGUGCGAACGAGUGUGCUGUCGAGACGGUGGGAGUAUUUGUGGACGUCCAUUCCUUGUCUUGUCUUCAUAGAAGAAAAUAUCGAUGGGAGGAUGCUUUUCAGGAACUUCGUGGAGAGAGCAUUGUUACUUCGUGACUCGUCUUCUUUGAAAGCUUUUUCUCUCACGUGCAAGGUUGACAGUGAAGAAUAUCUUGACGGCAACGAAUCUCGUGUCAAUCUGUGGAUUACUGCUGCAAUACGCCGCAAUGUUGAAGACCUCCGCCUGCACCUUAAACUUGGUCAUGGUGCUACUGUGUACAUGUUACCUCGUUGCAUAUUUAGGUGUGAAACUCUGAGAGAACUCCAUCUAGAAAUGAACCAUGACCUCAAGCUUCCUUCCUUAGUUUGUCUUACAAAUCUAAAGGUCUUAACUCUUACGGGAGUUCAGUUUAGAGAUGAUAAUUCAGUGGAGAAGCUGCUUUCGUGCCCUUCCCUUGAGAAAUUGUCUCUUUACAGCUGCGAGUGGAAUCUUGAGGUUUUGGAAAUUUCUGCUCCCAACCUUUUGUACUUGACUAUUGUAGAAGAUGUCUUGGCUUCUGGUAUCCGGAACUCCCAAGUAAGGAUCCAUGGAGCUUGUAUCAAGUCCUUCGACUAUUUUGGUGAAUUAUUUUAUGACUAUGUUAUAUUGAGCUCCAGCUCAUUAGUUGAGGCUUCCAUUGGGUGUCAUCAUGACGAGACUGAGAAAAAUAUCGAUCAAGGCGCCUGCCAUUUAUAUAAGCUCUUGAAGGCUGUUUCUAACGUAAAACAAAUGUUUUUAUCCAUCGAAUUUCUUGAGGAUUUGGAUGAGAGAGAGGAUAUUCUCAAUCUCAACUCCCUUCCAAUCUUCCAUAGUCUAACGAAAUUGAUAUUAGACGACUGUCACGUGAAUUUAGAAUCUAGAGCACUUUUGUUGUUGCUCAGUGGAUGCCCUAUUUUGAAGAGUCUUGAGUUCUCUGGGAGCAUUCUUGUGGUCUCUAAAAAUGAAGACUGGACAUUGGACCCCAUGCCUCCGUGUCUUCCUUUGUCGCUCAAGGAGAUUACGAUUCGUUGCUUCCAGGGGACUGAUUUGGAAUUGUUGGCUGUAAGGAUUUUGCUCAGGACAGCUGCAGUUUUGGAGAAAAUGUUGAUUCACUGUUCAAGGCGCUGUUCGAGGACUUUUCAAGGGAACUUGACGGAACACUUGAAUGAGCUCCCUACAGCUUCAAAUCAAUGUACGAUCUUUGUCAAAGCGUGGGCACCUGGAAUUCUAUAGCAUUUGACAUCCGUAAUUUGGUUAAAUUCAAACUUGUGUUCUGAUGACUCAGAUUUUGUAAUUGUUUUGAGUCGAUGGACAUGUGAAUUUCAAGUUCUGUUCUACUAAUCAUCGAUGCAUCCAUUGUCAUAGCUGGACUACUUCAAUCAUCCUACUUGACAAGUCAAUAUUCACGGUAUGUGUUGGGCUA